CCGCACACGAUCAAGCUACUCCCCUCUCGUUCGCGUUCCUGAACAAAGGAUACUCGAAAAAAUGGUGGGAGAGAAAGGGGCAAGCUUUGAAUGAGAUCGCCGCAGGACAAUCCGUUCCUCCUUUGCUCUUGAUUUCUCCUCAAGCUCAUCUCCGCCUGGAUCAGUUAAGAAUUUUCCGCUUCUUUUACUGGAUCUUCUGUUUUCUCGCUCGCAUCGACACGAUUGUUUUCUGAUUUCUCAGUAAGGUUAAAAGUACAUCGAUUUGUAGAACCUUUGUCUUUUUUUUCUAUCCACCUUCGAGCUUGAUUGCCAAAUUGGAGAUAAAUAUUGAUUUUUCUUUGUAAGGCCGGAAUUUGUUCUACUUAGCAAUUGGUUAGUUUUUUUGCCAGAUAUAUGAACUCAUGGUGUUUGAUGAAUUGCCCCACCCUAAUGAUGAGAAUGAUGGCGUCUUCUGCUCUGAAGGCGGUGGCGGAGAGGGUCGGUCCUGCAGCUCGUAAGCAGGCUCUAACAUUGACAGAUGUAGCCGCUGCGAGGAUACGCCACUUGCUAGACCUCCGGCUGCGGCCUUAUCUCCGGCUUGGUGUCAAGGCACGUGGCUGCAAUGGUCUAUCGUACACCCUUAACUAUACUGGUAGCUCCUGUCGUCUUCUCCUUGCAUUUCUUUCUUCUCAUUUUCUCUUUUUUGCCCUCUUACUUGAGCCAAAUGAUACUUUUACUACUAAAGCUAUAGCUCAUGCAUUACUAGUUUGUUUUGGAAGAUAGUUCAUAAUGAUUUUCUGAAUAUAUUUUAUAUAAUUAAAUGAUAUCAAAUUAGGUCUUAUUUUCUUAUUUUACGUAAUAAAUCCUAAAGAUUAGGAACAGAUUUAGUAAAGAUUAUAUAUAUAUAAGGAAUAUACACCGAAUUAAAAAGCUUUCCUCCCAUAACCGGUCAACGUUGAGACCGCCGUCCGAGCGGGGUUCGAACUGCGGCUGUGCCCAUUUCACACGCUGGAGAUACGUUCGCUUCCGAGUGCUGCAGGCCGUCCAACUUGCGAUUCCAUUUCCAUGUCCUUUUUUUUCUUCUCCUUCAUCUAUCGGUCUGGUACAAUGUGCCACCUCAUUUCCUCUCCUCUGCCGCUCCCUCUCUAUCUUUUGUCUUCUGCUAGUGCGUUUCCAAGUGGUGGAUGUCAUGCCAAUGCCCGCCGCCUCCUCCUCCUCCUCCUCCUCCUCCUCAUCCGCCGUCGAAAUUCCUGACUGCUACCGCCCCAGAGACCCCAUCCUGGUGCGCCCCCGCCACGACACGCCGCACCAUACCCUCUACCUCUCCAACCUCGACGACCAGCACUUCCUCCGCUUCACCAUCAAGUACCUCUACGCCUUCCGACGAGAGGUGCCGACAGACACCCUCGUCGCCUCUCUCGCAGAGGUUCUCGUCCACUACUACCCCCUCGCGGGCCGCCUGCGGCCCGCGAGCGGGAACGGCGACAAGUUCGAGCUGGACUGCAAUGGGGAGGGCGCUCUGCUAGCCGAGGCGUUUGCUGACGGCCUCACGGCGGACAAGUUUAUCGCUGGAAGUUCAACUCCCAACAAAUCGUGGAGGAAGCUCCUCUGCAGAGUGGAUUCGCAGAGCUUCAUCGGCGUUCCACCGCUCGUCGUUCAAGUAACCCGUCUCAGUUGCGGCGGCAUGAUCCUCUGCGCCGCCAUUAAUCACUGCCUCUGCGACGGCAUCGGCUCGUCGCAGUUCCUCCGUGCAUGGGCUCUGCUCACCGUCAACCCAGACUCAGCUCUCCCCGUCGCUCCGUUCCACGACCGUCGAAUCUUAGAGCCGAGACGCCCGCCUCGAAUCGCCUUCCCCCAUCCCGAAUUCACUGCGCCUGAGGCGCCACCGGUUCCAUCUCAAUUCCUCUUCUCUGAGCCUCUGCUCCCCGUCUCCCUCACGUUCACCUCCGCUCACAUCCUCCGCCUCAAGCGGCGGAGCGCCCCCUCGCUCAAGUGCACCUCCUUCGAAGUCCUCGCAGUCCACAUCUGGCGCGCCUGGGUCAAGUCCCUCCACCCCCCGCCCUCCUCCCAGAUUCCAAUUAAGCUCCUUUUCUCCGCCGACGCACGCCGGCGGCUGAUCCCGGAGCUUCCCGACGGAUACUACGGCAACGGCUUUGUCCUGGCCUGCGCGGAAACGACGGCGAGGGACUUGCUCGCGUCGAGCGCUUGCUACGGCGUGGAGUUGGUGCAGGAGGCGAAGGCGCGCGUGAGCAACGAGUACGUACGGUCGAUGGUGGAUCUGCUGGAGGAGAGGAGAGCAAAGCCGGACUUGGCAUCGAGCUUGGUGAUCUCGCCGUGGACGAAGCUCGGUCUUGAGGACGUCGACUUCGGGGAGGGCCGACCGUUGCACGUGGGUCCGGUGACGAGCGAGAUUUAUUGUCUCUUUUUGCCGGUGAUCGGAGAUCUGCAUGCGUUCACGGUGCUGCUGUCGAUGCCGCAUGGGUUGGCCGAUCGCUUUCGGGAACAUUGCAAGGAGAAUUUAGAAGAUGACGAUGACGGCGAUGGCGAUCGCGAGGCGAAGAAUUGGGUGAAUUAAAUUGUGCUAAAAAGAAUAAAUGAUUGCAAACAAAUCUAAUAGAAAAUAAAAAAGGUCCUUUUAAUUUUCAAAAUUGUUAAAAAGUCAUUCCUGUCCUCAAAUAAAUCAGUUAGCUAAUGUGAUUAAA